AUGACUUUGUCGGAAGCAGAAGCCAACAGCGUCUUGGAUGAUAGUUCAGAAGAAGCUCGUUCACCCUCUUCUCAGCUCGGCGAAAAUCAGAAACCAGCUCAACUAUCGGACAAACGUCCUUGCGAAAGCGACAAAUCGGAUGAACCACUUCAACCCCGUCGAGGACGCGGACGACCACCCAAAAAGCCUAAAUCCAAUGCUUCCGACCAACAGGACGCCACGCCCGAACUGGCGGUCGCCAACGACGACACCGCGCAACCAAACCCUGUAAAAAGAGGACGCGGUCGACCUAGAAAGUAUCCCAAAGAGGAGACCGCCGUGACCAGCAAAGUCACGCCCGAUGGCCAACCAGUGGUGAAACGAGGUCGUGGUCGACCCAGGAAACAGCCGGUUGCCUCGUCUUGA